AUGGCCGACUAUGUCGGUACCUUCAUGAAAACUCACGCCGGUGAGCUGGACCCAAGCUGGCAAGUCUCAGCUCGAGACAAAGUCCACGAACGUACAAAGUCAUUCAAAACUUUGAUAAGUAUUUUCGCGCAGAGGACUAAUCGUAAAGACCUCGCGAGAUUCGACGUGGAAAAAGACUUUCAAUGGGAAGAUGUGAGGGUCAUGGCGUCCGAGGCAAUCGAGCAAGACAAUGCCAAAACGAAAAUGAGACACAAUCCUUUUCGCGCGGCCGGGCGAUCCUUCCAGAGGAAUGCAUCGAACUUGGAAAUGCUUGUAGCGUUUCUGCCGAAUGGAGACUUUACCGGUAUACUUUGCGGAGCUCUGACAUUUGUUUUCUGUAUUAUCAAUUGUCUGGACAGCCUGCCAGAUAUCGUGGAAGAGACGGAAGAGUAUGUGGACAUUUACGACGAUGACCCCAGAGUCUGGAGAGCUGCCGAGGACCUGUAUCUAGGAAUUCUCGACGGUGUAGAGAGUAUGUUACAAUGGAUUGACAAGUCAGCCCUCGAGAGGGCUUUCAAGGUCCUCACGAGACCGACAACCUUUGGAAAGAAUGUGGAAGAAGAGACUAUCAAGCAAAAUAUCGAGGGCAGUGUGGCCAAGUUCCGGAAUGUUGUCUUAAUGAGUCAACACAAACACAUCAACAAAUCACUCAAAGCUCUGAAGGAGCAACUUAACAGCCAAUUGAAAUAUGCCGACUGGGUUCGAGACAACCCGAAAGCAGAAAAGCUUGUUAUAAAAGCAUUUAUCACACUCGAUGAGCUUCGCGCUAGCAUUGGCUUCGAUCCGAAAAUCAAUCAGAAAGACAUGGUGACGUCUAUGAUUGACGCACAGAAAGUUUGCCCGCCAGAGAUGAUCAGCCACGCCAUGCUGGCUCUCCGCGACAACAAGUUUACCUCUUGGCUUCAGUCGAACGAGUCCCAGAGACUAUUCAUCGAAGGAAGAAUGAAGCUAAACUCAGAGCAAGAGGCAGCAUCCCCGCUAACAAUGCUCUCAUGUGCUCUCGCCCAGCUAGUGGCGAGAGAAUCUGAGCGCAGCAUUCCGUUGGUGUACCUCUGCGGCCAGCACAACCGCCAAAAUGACCCACACUCUGGCGCCAGCGGUGUCCUGAGAUGUUGGAAUUCCCUUAUCGCAGAGUCUCUUACACCGCGGGACGUCGAUCUCUCGGCUAUCAAUUUGAGCUUCAUAGACGGUGUCAGAGCCCAGCAACUUGGCGUGCUCUGCAUGCUCUUCCGUCAUUUGGUUAUGGCUGCAACAGAUAAGGUUGUCUUUGUGAUCUUAGACGGGGCCUUAUGGCUCGAAGUCAGCCGUCAUGUUCAGGGAUUGGGAGAUGUUGUGUUGUUCCUGAAUAAUCUUGUCACUGUGCUAAAUCAACAAAACUACGGCGUGAUUCUCAAAGUGCUGAUUACUCAUCCGUCGACGAGUAAUCACGCUAGGAGGUGGCUCCCAAAAGAGUGUGUACUGGAGAUGGAUGAUGUUAGGUGA